GAAUUAUCUUGCAUAGUGAGGCGCGAAACAAUUUGUUCACACACGGAAGUGGGACUAAUAUUCAUCAUAGUAUAAGUGAAUGUACUCGAUCACAAAGACUAAGCACUAUGGAAGAAUGGCGACUCUACCCCAUGACAGCAAAACCGAAAGUGCGGAAGGAUCAGGAGUGUUUUUUGUUUAUAAAACAAUCAGUCCAGACAAAGAUUGGGUUAAGAAAGUUGUGGAAAAGCUGGAAAAGGAAGGGCGAAAGUGUUUCUAUCACGAGAGAGAUUUCUUGCCUGGGCUCACGAUAAUCGAAAAUAUUGUACGAUUUUUACAGCGAUCUUCAAAAGUCAUCGUAGUUCUAACCCCAGCCUUUCUACAAAGUCAGUGGGUGGAAUUUGAAACCCAGCUUGCAAAGCAGAUCAACAUAGAAAACCCUACACAGCUGCAUGUCAUUCCCGUGCUUUUAGAAGACUGUGAAAUACCCCAGUUCCUGAAAACUACGACGUAUUUAGAUGUCCAAAGUAAAACUGAAGAAAAGUGGUGGGAACUUCUUCAAGAAAGCUUAAAAAUAGAUCGCAAAUGGGAAAAGAACGAUAACUCCGGGGGAAUCCACAGGAAUCUUUUCUGUAAAAUCAGAAGCAUACCGGGAACGCAAGGGAGUGAUCAGCUAGAAUCUUGGCUGAUAGAUCUCUGUUUUAUAAAGGAUGAACACAUACUCGUCACAGACGCUAAAAACAAAAAGCUCAAGAAAUUUAUCAUCUGCGGAGAAAAUAUAGGAACAAUGACAGAAUUUUUGGAGUUUGAAUCUCGACCAAUGUUUCUCGCUCUGUUUGACGAUAUGUCUGCUUAUAUCACGUUUCCGGACAACGACUUCAUUAAUGUCGUGGAUGUCGGAAGUUCGCGAUUGACAGUCAAGCACGUGCUUUCUGCUCCACCACAAUGCGGAGGGAUAUGUAAAUUAGAUGGAAAAAAAACUUGCUGUGUGCUGCCGCAGUCAGCACAAUGUAAUCAUUAUGAUGCGAGAUGGAACCAAGCUUUAUGAAAUAAAACCAAUGAAAGGAGAUUCUUUUAAAGAUUCUGACUACGACUUCGAAAGAUUCUGCAAGGAUGGCGUUGUUUCACUGCAAAUGCAGGACUCAGAUUUUUAUGAACAUAGUCGUGGAAAACGCUGUAUUGAAAGGGAAACUAGUAAAGGAAAGGCAUGCGCACUGGAAGAUGAUUCUGGAUUAUUCUCCAAUAACCGUGAAACAUUACCAAAUCGCACAAAAGAACCAACAGCAGAAAAUGACGCUUACGAUACAGAUGAAGAAAAAUACAAUGCGGUAGUAUCUGAAAGAAUCGAAGGUGAUGGAAAAGAUUUCAAAUUUUUGAAGUCAAGCAGACUGAAAGCCAAAAAAGAUCAAACCUAUUUUGUCAUGCCAAAUCACAUCUACGCCACCCCCAAUGAUGCCGGGGGGUGGUUAAUUUAUGUCGGUGACUACGAAACAAAGCGCAUAUGUGUUAUUUACUUGGCAGAAGAUGGAUCGUAUCGAUAUCGCUCCUUGUCACCGCUUCAGGACCCAAGAGGAAUCCUGGUGCACCGUCACCAUGUUCUUGUUGCUGCAGGGUGGGUCCGAGUGUAUACAGACAAAUAUCUUACAAAGGCUUCGGAACACAAGCUUGCUGUUGAUGCAAAUCAUCCACGGUCAUUAGCGAUUAAUAUGAAGGGUGAUCUUUUCGCGCUUACACAUAAAGGAGAUGGGGACGAAUUUGUUUCCAUUUAUACUCUGUAGAGUGUAGCAUUAGCCUUUAAUGGAACAGACACGUAAAAUUUCAUGUCAAUAUACUCUGUCAAGAUUGUAAUAUAUAUUUAUUGUGCGUGGAUGAAUAUUGUUUUUGAACGCUUGUUUAAUAUGUUCUCUAUGUUGUGUUAACAGCCAGUGAGAAAAAAAUAAAACUUAAAACUUGUUACAA